CGAGAAGUGCGUAAAAUGUCUGUUUCUUAAUUAAGCCACACCUUUGAAGUUUAUAAUAAACUAAAAUGUCUUUGAAAUGUUAAACUAUUAAAUAACUAAGAUAUUACUUUUAAAAAAUAGCGUCACUUUUUCCUUAUUUUAUUUUACUGGCUGACUACUUAGUAUACUAUACUUAUGAUUGAAAGUUAACAGCAUCUCAAAAAAAGUUAUUACAUAAUCCAAAAGUCAAGCUUAAGUCAAGAUGAUGAAUUAUUACUACAACUCAUUAAAUUCCAUGGACAAAAGUUUCAGAUCAAAGAUGAAACGAAAAAUUGAUACAGUUGGCGUGUUGAAGAUAGUUGCACUUAUAUUAUCCGCAGCUAUCCUACUUGUGUUGGGAUUUGUUAUUGGUUACUUUACAAAAACAGCUGUCACACACCAUACAUCCAGUGAAAGUGUUGGUAUCAGUGAAGUUGACGUUGCUGAUUAUCUUAUGAAAGAGAUCUCUUCAGAAAAUAUAGACAAACACCUCAAGAAAUUGACAUCCAGACCACAUUUGAGCGGCACACCUGGAAUCCACGACACCGUCGAAUACAUCCACAACUUCUGGAAACAAAUCCAUCUAGACAAAACUAAACUGAUUUCAUAUGAAGUUUUAUUAUCACAUCCGAGCCCUGACAACCCAAACUCUGUAUCAGUCCUGGGUCAAGAUGACAGUCCCCUUUUCCAGAGUCAGCCAGCUGAGCCUAUUUUGAGGCCAGAAGAUAACAGCUCCGAGAUUGUACCGCCAUUCAAUGCAUAUUCAGCAGCAGGCUCUGUUAUGGGCACACCAAUUUAUGUUAAUUACGGGAGGGUGUCUGAUUUUGAGUACGUUAAAAAUCUGAACAUGACAUUUAAAGAUCAGAUAUGUGUCGUGAGAUAUGGAUUCAACUUUAGAGCCGACAAGGUUGCACUUGGUGAAAAGUAUGGAUGCGUUGGAAUGAUUAUAUACAGUGAUCCAGCUGACUAUGCCAUCACCAACACUUCGAAGGUAUAUCCAGAUUCGUGGUUGAUUCCGGGUGGCGGGGUGCAAAGAGGGACCAUCAAAAAAAGCUCCACUGCAUCAGGGGAUCCUUUAACACCUUUGUACCCGGCUACAGAACAUGCAUACAGACUGAACAUAUCAGAGGCCGACCUGCCCAAGAUUCCAUGCCAGCCCAUUGGGUACGACGACGCCAGAAAACUUUUGAGAUAUUUCGAUGGGGAGGAGGUACCUGACGAGUGGAAAGGUGGUCUGAACAUCACGUAUCGUUUUGGGUCCAAGCUCAUUUCAGGAGCCAAAGCAGUGAAAGUGGUAGUGAACAACGAAUUUAAACUGGACACCAUCAACAACAUCGUCGGAUUCAUUGAAGGAUCCGUCGAACCAGAUCGUUACGUCAUAAUAGGCAACCACUACGACGCCUGGGUGUACGGUGGCGCUGACCCCAACAGUGGCACUGCCGUCAUGCUGGAGGUCUCCAGGGCUUUCAUGGCACUCACCAAAGAGAAAGGAUGGAGACCAAGGCGCUCACUGAUGUUCUGUGCCUGGGGAGCUGAAGAGCAAGGAAUCAUUGGGUCAAGAGAAUUUGUUGAGGAGUACGGCUUGAUAUUAGGCCAGAGAGCAGUUGCCUAUUUGAAUGUCGACAUAGCUGUUCAAGGUAGGUUCGUAUUCAGAGGUAAAGCUCUGCCAAUGUUGAACACCGUUCUUUUUGAAGCUACCAAACUGGUGCCUAACCCUGACGAGGAGGAAGUGGAACAUGGAAGAAAGAGCGUUUAUGACACUUGGUGUUUUAGAAAACCUGAAAAAUCUUCUUCCUCUUCACCGACAUCUCUGUCAUCAUCUCCAUCGUCACCAAAUCACGCGGUAAUUAUUGAUCGCGAUGAUAAAUCGCACAGCAAUUAUGUCACUAUAUAUAAAGAUGAUGACGACAUUGAUGAUGGUGUCGUUAAGCCUAUAAGACCAAGGAUGGGUUUGAUAGGAUCCGGAAGCGAUUUCGCGCCCUUUGUAAUCAGCGUAGGAACAACGUGUGCAGAUGUAAGAUUCAUAUAUGAUGAGAAGUUGAACAUCUCAUCAUACCCACUCUAUCAUACUGGAUACGAAACGUACUACUUGUUCUCAAAACACCACGAUCCUGGCUUUAUUUACUCAAAAGCUCUGGGUAGGGUGUGGUCUCAGAUGGCCCUCAUGCUAGCUGAUAGGGUUCAGAUUCCUCUCGAUCCAGUUGAAUAUUCAGAUUUCGUCAAAUCAUAUUUUCAAAAAUUUAAAUCCAGCAACGAAAGAUACUUGCUAGGCUUCAACAUCACUUUAACUGCUCUUUCGUCAGCAGUAAAGAACUUUACCCGCGCCGUCAAAGAUUUUAAAGCACGUCUGGAUAAAAUUGAUUUGAAUAAUGUACAUCUCGUCCGCCAAUACAACGACCAGCUGAUGAACCUUGAAAGAUCAUUCAUUGACCACGCGGGACUGCCCGACAGACCGGCGGUCAAGCACGUCAUCUUCGCUCCGAGUAGGUACAACUCGUACGCUGCAUCAGUCUUCCCUGGCGUGACAGACGCCAUAUUUGACCUGAAACAGCAUCUGCACGACGGCGAAGCUCCAAAAUACGUCGAACAAGUUAAAAAACAACUCUCGGUUUUGAUCUUUAUGUUCCAAAGAGCUGGAGCGAAUUUAAAAGAAUCUGACGAUUUCAUUGGUAGGGAUUAGCUUGGUGUCAUGCAAAUCAUGUGCUACGAUCUAAUACUUAUUCUUCAGUGUGAUGUGAUGCACCGCGAUGUGACCCAUUGUGGUGUGGUUCAAUUUGGUUUUGUGUGAUUUGAUUUACCGUGAUUUCAAUAUGAUUGAGAUUAUGUUUCCUACCGUUUUGCCGUGUUCAAUUCCACGUUCGUUCUAUUUCACUAAUUGCACUAUUUAAAAUAUUUUCAUAAAAAUUGUUAAAAAAACAUUUGUUGGAGGUAAGUUUAACAAAAGUGAUAUUUUGGUUUGGAAAACAGUUUGUAGAAGUUGGAUUCGAAGUUAGAAGUUAAACACUUUGGAACAUUAUUAACGUUUGCCGGGCACACGAUUACUACAUGUGCGUAACGUACUCGCAUUUACUUUUAUGAACAUAACUGAAAAAUUAAACAUAAUGUCAUGUAAAACAACUUUGAAGGGCGGGUCAAAAUUAUGAAACUGUCCAAAUUUUGAAAUCUGGACUGAUGGGGCCCGGGGCCAAGAAACUAACCAACACCACAGUUCGAUUUUUUGGGAUGUGGAGCUGAUAUAGUAGUUUUUUUAUUAGAUUCACGUAGUAUUCAAUCUCAAGAGCAUCAAAAUGUAUAAUUUGGUAAUGCAAAUUCCGACGUUUUUGAUAUGUAGUAUUUUAAAUUGACCCAAUAAUUAUCAUUAUAUAUUACAGAACUAAUCAAUAUGUGCUUACAAAACAGAAUAAUGCGAACUUGAAGAACUGGGAGUAGACAUUUGCAAUUGAAAUUAAUUUGAUAUG